UUUUUAUAAAAAAUUAGAAAUCGGACUUAAAGCCGUUUUGCGUGUAAAAACGGUUGCCAAUAUCUCUUGGCACGACCAUCGUAGUUGAAUACUGCGAAAAUUCCGUGUUUGUGGCCUAAGUAGCAUUUGUGUCACCCACAAACCGAGACCACAAUGGCACGCCCAAUUUUUCCAAAUCAGCAAAAAAUUGCUGAGAAGCUGAUAAUACUGAAUGAUCGCGGUCUGGGCAUACUAACGCGUAUUUAUAACAUUAAAAAAGCAUGCGGCGAUACUAAAUCCAAGCCGGGCUUUCUCUCCGAGAAGUCGCUGGAGUCUUCAAUUAAGUUUAUCGUGAAGCGGUUCCCCAAUAUUGAUGUAAAGGGACUGAACGCUAUAGUGAACAUCAAAGCGGAGAUAAUAAAGUCGCUAUCAUUAUAUUAUCACACUUUUGUGGAUCUGCUUGACUUUAAGGACAAUGUGUGCGAGUUGCUGACCACCAUGGAUGCUUGCCAAAUCCAUCUGGACAUUACACUCAACUUUGAGCUGACGAAGAACUAUUUGGACCUGGUGGUUACCUAUGUCUCGCUUAUGAUAGUGCUGUCACGCGUGGAGGAUCGCAAGGCCGUGCUGGGUCUUUAUAAUGCCGCCUACGAGCUGCAAAACAAUCAAGCAGAUACAGGCUUUCCACGCCUGGGACAAAUGAUUCUCGACUACGAGGUGCCACUAAAGAAACUAAAUGAGGAGUUUAUACCGCAUCAGCGUUUGCUAACAAACGCCAUACGCUCGCUGACUUCAAUCUACGCGCUGCGUAAUCUGCCAGCGGACAAGUGGCGUGAGAUGCAGAAGCUUAGUUUGGUCGGCAAUCCGGCUAUCUUGUUGAAAGCUGUGCGCACCGAGACCAUGUCUUGUGAAUACAUUUCAUUGGAAGCUAUGGAUCGCUGGAUCAUCUUUGGUCUGCUGCUCAAUCAUCAAAUGCUUGGCCAAUAUCCAGAAGUCAACAAGAUUUGGAUAUCCGCGCUGGAGAGCAGCUGGGUGCUGGCACUCUUCCGCGACGAGGUGCUGCAGAUACAUCAGUACAUACAGUCUACCUUUGAUGGCAUUAAGGGCUACAGCAAGCGCAUCAGCGAGGUGAAGGAAGCCUAUAAUACGGCUGUGCAAAAGGCGGCGCUGAUGCAUCGCGAGCGUCGCAAGUUUCUGCGCACUGCCUUGAAGGAAUUGGCGCUCAUUAUGACCGAUCAGCCAGGAUUGCUGGGUCCCAAGGCUAUCUUUAUAUUUAUUGGACUCUGUCUGGCACGCGAUGAGAUUCUCUGGCUGCUGCGCCACAACGACAAUCCGCCGCUCAUUAAAAAUAAGGGCAAAAGCAACGAAGAUUUGGUGGAUCGUCAGCUGCCAGAAUUGCUAUUCCAUAUGGAGGAGCUGCGUGCGCUGGUGCGCAAGUACAGCCAGGUCAUGCAACGCUAUUACGUGCAAUACUUGUCCGGCUUUGAUGCCACAGAUCUAAACAUACACAUGCAAAGCUUGCAAAUGUGCCCAGAGGACGAGAGCAUCAUCUUUAGCUCGCUCUACAAUACUGCAGCAAGUCUAACAGUAAAGCAAGUGGAGGACAACGAGCUGUUCUACUUCAGACCAUUCCGGCUGGACUGGUUCCGCUUGCAGACGUACAUGAGUGUGGGCAAGGCUGCCUUGCGCAUUACGGAGCAUGUGGAGUUGGCUCGCCUGCUGGACUCGAUGGUGUUUCACACGCGUGUCGUGGAUAAUUUGGAUGAAAUACUCGUGGAAACUUCUGAUUUGAGCAUCUUUUGCUUCUACAACAAAAUGUUUGAUGAUCAAUUCCACAUGUGCCUGGAGUUCCCAGCACAGAAUCGUUAUAUCAUUGCAUUUCCGCUGAUCUGCAGUCAUUUCCAAAACUGCACGCAUGAGAUGUGCCCAGAGGAGCGUCAUCAUAUACGCGAGCGUUCGCUGAGCGUGGUCAACAUAUUUCUAGAGGAAAUGGCCAAGGAGGCUAAGAACAUUAUAACCACCAUAUGCGAUGAGCAAUGCACCAUGGCGGACGCUCUGCUGCCCAAGCACUGUGCCAAGAUACUCUCCGUGCAGUCGGCGCGCAAGAAGAAGGACAAAUCCAAGUCGAAGCACUUCGAUGACAUACGCAAGCCUGGCGAUGAAUCCUAUCGCAAGACGCGCGAGGAUCUAACCACCAUGGACAAGCUGCACAUGGCGCUCACCGAGCUCUGCUAUGCCAUCAACUAUUGCCCCACUGUCAAUGUGUGGGAGUUUGCAUUUGCGCCACGCGAGUAUCUAUGCCAGAACUUGGAGCAUCGCUUCUCGCGCGAUCUAGUGGGCAUGGUGAUGUUUAAUCAGGACACCAUGGAAAUAGCUAAGCCCUCUGAGUUGCUUGCCAGCGUGCGCGCCUACAUGAAUGUGCUGCAAACUGUGGAGAACUAUGUGCACAUUGACAUAACGCGCGUCUUUAACAAUUGUCUGCUGCAGCAAACGCAGGCGCUGGACUCGCAUGGCGAGAAGACUAUAGCAGCGCUAUAUAACACUUGGUACAGCGAGGUGCUGCUGCGACGCGUCUCCGCCGGCAGCAUUGUGUUCUCGAUUAAUCAAAAGGCCUUUGUGCCCAUUUCUCCCGAGGGCUGGGUGCCCUUCAAUCCGCAAGAGUUCUCCGACUUAAACGAGCUGCGUGCGCUGGCCGAGCUGGUGGGUCCGUAUGGCAUCAAGACGCUGAAUGAAACGCUCAUGUGGCACAUUGCCAAUCAGGUGCAGGAGCUCAAGUCACUGGUGAACACCAACAAGGAGGUGUUGAUUACACUGCGCACCAGUUUCGACAAGCCGGAGGUCAUGAAGGAGCAGUUCCGACGCCUGCAGGAUGUGGAUCGUGUGCUGCAGCGCAUGACCAUCAUUGGUGUCAUUAUUUGCUUCCGCAAUUUGGUGCAUGAGGCGCUGGUCGAUGUGCUGGACAAGCGCAUUCCUUUCUUGCUCAGCUCUGUAAAGGACUUCCAAGAGCAUUUGCCAGGCGGCGAUCAAAUACGCGUUGCCUCCGAAAUGGCCUCAGCAGCGGGACUGCUGUGCAAAGUGGAUCCCACGCUGGCCUCUGCGCUCAAAUCCAAGAAACCAGAAUUCGAUGAAGGCGAACACUUGACCGCUUGUCUGUUGAUGGUGUUUGUAGCUGUUUCCAUACCAAAGCUGGCACGCAAUGAGCAAUCCUUCUACAGAGCCACCAUCGAUGGUCAUUCCAACAACACACACUGCAUGGCAGCAGCCAUUAAUAACAUCUUCGGUGCUCUGUUCACCAUUUGCGGGCAGAACGACAUGGAGGAUCGCAUGAAGGAGUUCUUGGCAUUGGCCAGCUCGUCGCUGCUGCGCUUGGGCCAGGAGUCCGACAAGGAGGCUACGCGCAAUCGCGAGUCCAUCUACUUGCUGCUGGAUGAGAUUGUCAAGCAGUCGCCGUUCCUUACCAUGGAUCUGCUCGAGUCCUGUUUUCCCUAUGUGCUAAUUCGCAAUGCCUACCAUGGCGUCUAUAAGCAAGAACAAAUCAUGGGCCUGGGUCUCUAGAGAUCUGCGGCCAGCUGCUCUUGCAGCGCAUUUCUGAGCCAAGUAUUUACUUUUAUACUUAGUUGCUGAUAUUGAAUAUUCUAUUGUUAAACUGAUAUAAUAACUCCUUAUACACUUAAUACCCCCCGCGCUAAAUCGAUGUCUAGACAUUUAGGCAUAAGUAUUCGGCAUUUUUGAUACAUUAUUCGUAUAAAUAAAGUGCAUAUAUACCAAAAUCAAUAACAACAAAUGCAUCGUAGUAUUUGAUUUGCAUUUAUUUUACGUUUUGACUCGUGUGUAUAUUUAUUUACCAUAAUAUGUAUGUAUUUUAUUUAUUUAUCUUUUACUAUGUGUCGUGAUGAGGACAAAAUGUUCCACAAUAUUAUUAUUAUUAUAUUAUUUGGUCACGUUUAAUGUUACGGUUCUUAGAAUUUGUGUACAAAUACUUGUAGGUAAGUAAUAAAAUAUGUUUAGAUUUUGUUCAAUGGUUUUCUUUUCAGUUUCGGGUGUAAGUGUUAUCCAAGAAGUCGAGUUCUGUUUAGCGUCUAUAAUACCUUGUUAAUGUUGCAAGAGUUUCAAAAUAAAAAUUUGAUUUUAGAUUUUAUGCUUAGGGUGCUUAGGUUAACUUUGCUAUUAAGUCUGUUCUGUUCGGCAGAUAUUCGAGUUCGAUUAAAAAAAAAAAAACAAAUAAUUGUUCUAUGACUUGCAGCUGAGUGAAACCAAUGAAAAAAACAUAUAUUUACUAAAUACACACUGCUUAUGCUGAUUCCACAUGUCGUAAAAUACUACAAAUUAUCUUUUUUGGUUAUUAUAUAUACCACAAUCACUACUUGCUGCUAUAUAAGCCGUCUGUAUUUUGUUUCAUAACAAUAUCGUUAGUUAUCUACAUUUAAGUGUCAUUAAUUAAACACAUAUCGUUAAAUAAACGUCGCGUUUAUAAUUUUACUAUAUUAUUCUUAGCAUUGAGUUUUGCUUGUGUUCAAAAUUGUUUUUCUUAAGCGUUUGUUGAAUUUGUUUUUUAUUUAUGUUUGCAAUCAGUCAGUUUAGGCAUCUGUUUGACUAACAAA